AUGGCUGCCGCCCGGCCCGAGGCCCCCGCGGGGGCGGCCGCGGCCCGGCGUCUGGCCCGGGGCUGCUGGUCGGCGUUCUGGGACUACGAGACGCCCAAGGUGAUCGUGGUGAGGAACCGGCGCCUGGGCGUCGUGUACCGCGCGGUGCAGCUGCUCAUCCUGCUCUACUUCGUGUGGUACGUGUUCGUGGUGCAGAAGAGCUACCAGGACAGCGAGACGGGGCCCGAGAGCUCCGUCAUCACCAAGGUCAAGGGCAUCACGGCGUCGCGGCACAAAGUGUGGGACGUGGAGGAAUACGUGAAGCCCCCGGAGGGGGGCAGCGUAUUCAGCAUCAUCACCAGGAUCGAAGUCACCCCCUUCCAGACCCUGGGAAAAUGCCCGGAGAGCAUAAAGGUCCACAGUGCCACCUGCCAUUCGGACUCCGACUGUGUGGCUGGGGAGCUGGACAUGCUGGGCAACGGGCUUCGGACUGGCCGCUGCGUGCCCUAUUACUUUGGGACCUCCAAGACCUGCGAGGUGUCCGGCUGGUGCCCAGUGGAGGAUGGGGCCUCUGUCAGCCAAUUUCUGGGUAAAAUGGCUCCCAAUUUCACCAUCCUCAUCAAGAACAGCAUCCACUACCCCAAAUUCCAGUUCUCCAAGGGCAACCUCGCCAGUCGCAAGGACGACUACCUGAAGCGCUGCACUUUCGACCAUGUCUCCGACCCUUACUGUCCCAUCUUCAAGCUGGGCUUCAUUGUGGAGCAAGCAGGGGAGAACUUCACGGAGCUGGCACACAGGGGUGGUGUCAUUGGGGCCAUUAUCAACUGGGACUGUGACCUGGACCUGUCCGCAUCGGAGUGCAACCCCAAGUACUCUUUCCGAAGGCUUGACCCCAAGCACGUCCCUGCCUCCUCAGGCUACAACUUCAGGUUUGCCAAGUAUUAUAAGAUAAAUGGCACCACCACCCGCACACUCAUCAAAGCCUACGGAAUCCGCAUCGACGUCAUUGUGCAUGGACAGGCAGGGAAGUUCAGCCUGAUUCCCACCAUCAUUAACCUGGCCACUGCUCUGACCUCCAUCGGGGUGGGAUCCUUCCUGUGCGACUGGAUCUUGCUAACAUUCAUGAACAAAAACAAGGUCUACAGUCACAAGAAAUUUGACAAGCUCAGGACCCUGCCAGAGCCCAGCUGCUUUGGCAGCACUGAGGACCUGCCCACCUCAGUAGUCACGAGUCUCCAUGAAACCACCCUGUGUGAAGGGGCCUCACUCUCGCCCCAGGCCUGUCUCCCUACCUCUCGGGGCCUGCAGGGAGGCAGGCUCCUGCCAACACCUCUGCAGUGGAAACCCAUAGGGCUUGUUGCCGUCCUUUCUACCUGAUACUCACACAGCCUGCUGUGGCCCCAAGACAGCGCUGAGCUCCAAGGGGGCUCCGUCCCUGCUCUUGGAGCACACAUCUACAAACUUUAUAACCCCAAACUGCCUAGUCCCAUUCCUUAGAAGUCCAAUAAA